AUCUUAUCAUCGAAUGUUGAUUAAUUAAUUGAUUGAUUGAAAUUAUUAUUAUCAUCAUCAUCAUUAUAUAAAAUAAUAACAAAAACAAUUGUGACACAAAAAUGGCUGGUCGUUUCAAUUCUUUGCUUAACGCUGCUUCAAGCGUUGUUUGUGAAAAGCUUAAUGAUGCUAAGCUAAAAAGACUGGCCGAUCAUAAAUAUUCAGCAUCUGGUAGUACAAUGCUUGAUUUUAUAAUGCAAAAAUUUUGGAGAUGGUGUAUUGAUAACUGGAUACCGGAAUGGUGGGCACCAAAUGCAAUGACACUUGUCGGUUUGAUUGUCAAUGUAUUCACAUGUUCAUUGAUGGUAUAUUAUAGUCCGGAUGCAAAACAAGAUAUUCCAUCAUAUGUAUUGAUAUUGGCUGCCAUUGGUUUAUUUAUAUAUCAAACAUUGGAUGCUUGUGAUGGUAAACAAGCACGUCGUACGAAAACAAGCUCAUCAUUGGGUGAACUUUUUGAUCAUGGAUGUGAUGCUAUUUCUACGAUAUUUGUUUCAUUAUCCGUAUGUUUAUCCGUGCAACUUGGUGAAUAUCCCAAUUGGAUGGUUGUAUUAUGUGGUGGUGCAACUAGUCUAUUCUAUAUUGCCCAUUGGCAAGCAUAUGUUUCUGGUACGCUGAAAUUUGGUUUCUUUGAUGUAACCGAAGCACAGUUUACGAUAAUAAUAAUACAUUUAACAUCAGCUAUUUUCGGCUUAUCAUUUUGGAGUAAUAAAAUUUUUGGUAUCGAGCUAAAAAUAAUGGCAAUGAUCGGUGUUAUCGGUAAUGAAUGUUAUCUCUUAUUCCGUGAUCUCAAAUCCAUUCUAUCUGGUGGUGCGGGCAAAAAUGGUUCAACAAUCGCUGGCACAUCGAUUCUAUCACCGAUAAUUCCUUUGAUGUUGGUCUAUUCAUUUACAUUGAUUAUAUAUUCAAAAUCAAUGAGCAACGCUUUUGUUAAUUAUGUAGCCAUCUAUAUUAUUACAUUUGGUUUUGUAUGUGCAAAAAUAACAUGUAAACUUGUGGUUGCACAUAUGAGCAAAAGUGAAAUGUCUAAAAUGGAUACCAUAUUCAUUGGUCCUUUGAUAUUAUUUUUUAAUCAAUAUUUUAAUUUCUAUUUCGAUGAAUUAACAAUGCUUUGGAUUGCAUUUGCUUACAUAUUAUUGGAUUUCAUUUGUUUUAGUUAUUCAACAUGUCGUCAGCUAGCAAAUCAUUUAAGGAUCUAUAUAUUGACCAUUCGAUCAGUACCGAAUGAAAUGUCAUCGAAUAAUAUUUCAUCAUCAUCGGCAUCAACAACGACAACGACAAACGGUAGGCAUUAUGGAACACGUCAACGUACUGGGAAUCAUUCACGCCGCUGACCCAUCUAAUAUAAAAUCGAUACAUUAUUAUUAUCUAAUCAAUUCAUACUUGUUCUUUAUUCUCCUUUAUUAUUUCUUAUUAAUUUCUUUUGUCAUCGGUUUAAUGAAACAACAACACAACAAAACAGGAUACACAAAUACAUUUAUAUACCUAAUAUAUUUCAUUUGUCAUCAUUUUAUUCACUUUUGUUCCAGGCACCGCCUCAUCCCACCCAAUUUCAAAUAAUUUUCAUCAUAAUCAAUGUUUUUCCUUCUUUUCUACUUUACUUUUCCACAUAUUCCCAUUCCUUUCUAACACUCGAUUAUUAUUGAGUCAUCAUACACAAUACAAGAAUGAGUUUCUUUCUCAGAAUUAC